CAGGGGUGAUGCAGCAGCAGCAGCUGAGAAGUGGUGAAGAAUGGCAGGUGAAGAUGUUCAUGUUGCAGAUGCCAAGGAUGAGUUGUGGAGUGUUCCUGCUGGGGGCUCUAUGCUGUCUGCUGAUCAUGCCAGCCUUGCUGCAAGCCUCGUCUCUGAUGCGACUCAACAAAGAUGCAGUCAGCAUUGAGUCGGCCAAGGCGCACGGCUUCUUGACUCAUUCUCGAGCCAAGAGGAACAUGGACCCCAAGUGGUACAGAGGCACACCUGACUUCCAGUCCUAUUACCGCUUCUACACCAGCAUUGGACAUAUUGAAGGAAUCUAUGAGAUAGACAGAAUCCGGAUGCUGUACCAGCAGAUGCGCCACUUGGAGCUCACCUAUGGCCCGGAUGCCUCCAGCUACCAAAGUGUCUUAGGUGUACAGACCACCACUGCAGCUCCUACUAGCACCACCCAGCCUCCCACCAGCCCAGCUCCUACAUCUGACCCUCUGGAGCACGCUCAGAGGAUCUACCUGUGCCACCCAGAAGACCCUCUUUGCAAACCUCAGAUUGUCUACAUGCCCACCGGGGCCAUGGUGGUGCUGUGCGACCCACGGCACAACCCGGCCUGCAGGCCCAGGACGGAGGAAGAGAUCAAAUCCGCUGCUUCUCAUCCUCCUCAACAGCCUCCAGCUCCUCCUGCUGCUCCCAAAAAGUCUGCUCCACCUCCUCCCAUCACUGUGAAACAAAUGGACUACCACUGCGACCCUUACUGGGAUCCCGAUUGCCUCAGGGACUACCCCCCCAGUCCCGUGCAGGACACCACGGAGUCUGUUGAAGAGAAGGCGGUGAACGAGGACGACGCGAACGCUGAGGAAAGCGUGCCUGCAGGAAGCACCAAGAAAGAAGCCAACUACCCUUACUUUGACCCCUAUGAUUUUAAACGUGACCUCUAUGACCCCUCCCACUUUGCCAAUCCAGACCCUGGGGAGCAGUAAAAACCCUAAACCAGACUACCAACAAACCUGUCAAGUCUAGAUCAGCACACCUGUGUUGUUAUCAUUAGUUACACGCAAUAUUAAGCAGAAUAACAGCAAUAAAUUUUUAAAAGUGGUCCUGUGUGUUGACUGUGUUUCAUCACUUUAAACACAUCAUGUUUAAUAAUAGAAUUGUCAUCAUUUUUUAUCAAUGUAAUUAUUGUCUAAUUAUAUAUUAUAUCUAUCAUUAUUCUCGUCUCCAUUACU